AAAGUGUUGCCAUCACCACAAUCUGCUGGUGAAGCUCUCAGAGGAGCACAACAAUGGCGUUACUUGCCAACCCUUUAAUCCUCUCUUCUUGCUCCAUUCGCAAAUUCAAACCUCUUAUUCUCUCUCAACGUCGCUUCUUAAUCAAUGUCUCCUCUAUUCGUUUAUCCUAUUUCAGACCUCGGCUUUUCUCCGUUUCAGCUUCGAAGAAUGAGGUGUUUACAUCGCCAGAGGUGGCGAAAUCAUUUGAUUUUGAUUGGGAGGAGCGCAUUUACAAUUGGCAAUUUAUGGCAUCUUAAAGUGGAAGUGGCUGCUUUCAGGUGGGAUUCUCAGGGUUACUUCAAACCAAAUAUGGACCAAGGAGGUGAACCUUUUGUUAUUUCUAUGCCACCACCUAAUGUAACAGGAUCAUUACACAUGGGGCAUGCAAUGUUCGUUACUCUUGAGGAUAUUAUGGUUAGAUAUCACCGCAUGAAAGGAAGACCAACAGUGUGGAUUCCUGGUACUGAUCAUGCAGGCAUCGCUACUCAGUUGGUUGUUGAAAGAAUGCUUGCUUCAGAGGGAAUAAAAAGAGCUGAUUUAGACAGAGAUGAGUUUGUUAAUCAUGUUUGGAAGUGGAAGGAGAAGUAUGGUGGAACCAUUACAAAACAAAUCAAGAGGCUUGGGGCUUCUUGUGAUUGGAGUCGAGAGCAUUUUACUCUUGAUGAACACCUAAGUCGAGCUGUGAUAGAGGCCUUUGUGAGGCUCCAUGAGAAAGGCCUAAUAUACCAAGGUUCAUACAUGGUAAAUUGGUCUCCUAAUCUUCAGACAGCUGUCUCAGAUUUGGAAGUGGAAUAUUCUGAAGAACCGGGUGCUCUCUAUCAUAUUAGAUAUCGCGUGGCUGGAGGCUCAAGGGAGGACUUUCUGACAAUCGCAACGACAAGGCCAGAGACUCUAUUUGGUGAUACAGCUAUCGCCGUUAAUCCUGAGGAUGAACGAUAUGCAAAAUAUGUAGGCUGUCAGGCAAUCGUACCAAUGACAUAUGGUCGUCAUAUCCCAAUUAUUGCAGAUAAGUAUGUUGAUAAGGAAUUUGGAACUGGUGUCUUGAAGAUAAGCCCAGGGCAUGAUCAUAAUGACUAUCUACUAGCUAGAAAGAUUGGUCUCCCGAUACUUAAUGUUAUGAACAAGGAUGGAACAUUGAAUGAAGUUGCUGGACUUUAUUGUGGGCUAGACCGUUUUGAGGCUAGGGAAAAACUUUGGAAAGAUCUCACCGAGACAGGCUUAGCUGUAAAAAAGGAACCCCACACCUUAAGAGUUCCUAGAUCGCAACGAGGUGGAGAAAUAAUUGAGCCACUUGUAAGCAAGCAGUGGUUUGUAACUAUGGAGGCCUUGGCUGAGAAAGCCCUUCAUUCCGUUGAGACAGGAGACCUGACCAUUAUUCCUGAUAGGUUUGAGAAGAUCUAUAAUCACUGGCUAUCCAAUAUCAAGGAUUGGUGUAUAAGUAGACAAUUGUGGUGGGGCCAUCGUAUACCAGUCUGGUAUAUUGUGGGAAGAGAUUGUGAAGAAGAAUAUAUAGUUGCCAGGAGUCCGGAUGAAGCACUUCAGAAGGCUCAGCAGAAGUACGGGAAGGAUGCAGAAAUAUAUCAGGACCCAGAUGUUUUAGAUACUUGGUUUUCAAGCUCCUUGUGGCCCUUCAGCACACUGGGAUGGCCUGAUGUAUCAGAUGAGGAUUUUAAAAAAUUCUAUCCAACAACAAUGCUUGAAACAGGGCAUGAUAUACUGUUCUUUUGGGUAGCAAGAAUGGUUAUGAUGGGAAUAGAGUUUACAGGAAAUGUACCUUUUCGUUAUGUAUACCUGCAUGGCCUCAUUCGAGACUCUCAAGGAAGAAAGAUGUCCAAAACACUGGGAAAUGUAAUUGAUCCUGUUGACACAAUCAAGGAGUUCGGAACUGAUGCGUUACGAUUUACACUUGCACUGGGAACUGCUGGUCAGGAUCUCAAUUUGUCAACAGAAAGAUUGACUGCAAAUAAGGCUUUCACGAAUAAAUUGUGGAAUGCUGGGAAGUUUGUGCUACAAAACCUGCCUAAUCAAAGUGAUAGUUUGGCAUGGGAAACUUUACGUGCAUUUGAGUUCGAUAAAGAAGAGUCAUUGCUGAUGUUGCGAUUGCCAGAGUGCUGGGUGGUAUCAAAACUACACAUGCUGAUUGACCAAGUGACUACAAGUUAUGACAAAUUUUACUUUGGAGAUGUUGCAAGAGAAACUUAUGAUUUCUUUUGGGGAGAUUUUGCUGAUUGGUACAUUGAAGCUAGCAAAGCUCGCCUCUACCAAGCAGGGGAUAACUCUGUGUCCUAUGCAGCAAAAGCAGUACUUCUGUAUGUCUUUGAAAACAUAUUGAAAAUUCUGCAUCCGUUUAUGCCAUUUGUUACCGAGGCUCUUUGGCAGGCAAUCCCCCAUCAAAAAGAGCCUCUGAUAGUAUCUUCAUGGCCAAAAACUUCGCUUCCAGCGUAUUCAAAUGUGAUAAAAAGAUUUGAGAACUUUCAAGCUUUGACUAGGGCUAUCCGUAAUGUUAGAGCUGAAUACUCGGUUGAGCCAGUGAAACGGAUAUCUGCAACUAUAGUUGCCAACCCUGACGUUUUCCAGUACAUCUCUGAAGAGAGAGAUGUUCUAGCUCUCCUAUCCAAACUGGACCUGCAAGCCUUGCAUUUUGCAGAAUCACUUCCAGAAGAUGCAAAUCAAUCAGUUCACAUAGUUGCCAGUGAAGGUUUGGAAGCAUAUCUUCCUCUUGCCGAUAUGGUAGAUAUCUCUGCUGAAUUGCAGCGGCUUCACAAGCGUCUUAUUAAGAUGGAAGGGGAGUAUAAGGGCCUUAAAGCUCGCCUUGGUUCUCCGCAGUUUUUGGAGAAAGCUCCCGCAGAAAUUGUCCAGGCAUCUCAAGAAAAAGCUGAGGAAAUGGAGGAGAAAAUAAAUCUGACCAAAAACCGAAUAGCUUUUCUUGAAUCUACAGUUUUGAUGACAAACAGUUAAAGCAUCUCCAGGUUAUUUGUCGGUGUUUUUGCUGUUAAGAGGAUUGUAGUAGGCUGGUAGCAUUCAAACUGAGAAUCUUAGAAGACAUUUUCUGUUGAUGACUUGAUGUUGCUGUUAAGAGGAUUGUGGUAGGCAGGUAGCAUUCAAGCUGAGAAUCUUCUAAGACAUUUUCUGUUGAUUCAACGCAACACAUCAUGCAAUUUUGACUCUCGUACAUUCAUGUAUAGUGGUAUUUAAAUAUAAAUCUUGACUUUAGCCAUUUUCAUGGUACUCCUCUCUAUUUAAGAGUCAAGGUACAUCAAUUUAGCUAAGUGAACAACUAUGUUUAACAACUAUAUUACAUAGUGAUAGUUUAAACAUUUUUUUG